UUUCCUUCUUUCUCUUCUUUUCUUGGUUGUUAACAAAGCUCUUUGUAACUAUCCUUAUAACACUAGUUCUCAAAUUUAGGAGCUAGAUUGAGAUGUGACCAUAUUGAGUUGUGUUACAAGUUGACAUUUGGUUUUACAUUUCUCCACUGAUUUCCAUUUAGCCCACAUUUGUCCUGGAACAUAACAGUUUUAUGGGUGUUUGGCUACUUAUUUACAUGUUUAUUUUUAACAUAUUGGUACAUUAUGAAGUCAAGCAACCAUAAACUGAUUCUUUUUUGUCUGAAAUACGGGGUGUGAUGCUGUAUCAGUACUUCCUAUGGGAAUUUAGAAAAUCAAACUAUAAGAGGUUUCAGUACCCAGUUCUUUCAGAUGAUCCAGAUUAGAAAGAUGUCUAAUGGCUCAUUUGUUAGUUGAAGGGGAUGGACUAUAUGACAAUAUUCUUUUCAGUUUUAAAAUUGUGUAAAUAGCUGUACAUACUUAUAUAUACACAUACAGAAUUUCUAGAAGGAUUCACAAGAAACUGGUAAUAGUGUUUGCCUCUGGCAAGGGAGAUUAGGGAACUUGGUUGUUAGGAAGGCUUUUCAUUGUCCACACUUUCGUACUAUUUACAUUUUUACCAUGUGCAUGGAUUAUUUUCUCAAGUUAAAAAAAAACCUAGUAUAAAAAGAAACAAUUUGGAUGUUUUGCCUAUUAAAGAAAAGUAAUCUGAAAUAUAUAAUCCUGUAAGUACUAAAACUGAUCCAAUAGACUAUGUAAUAUGCAGUUAUUAAAAAGGACUCCAAAGCAAUAUAAAAAAAUUAUGAAUUAACAGAUGAAAAGUAAGCUAUUAUGACUGUGUAAAGUAUACAAGUGACUGUUAUUAGGUGGUAUAUGAAGAAAUUUAAAGAGUGGUGCUAAUAUUGUGAACAUAUUUUGUAUUUUUUCAAAAAAAUCUCUUGGGAAAGUUAGUCAUUCUUUAACUGACUUAUUUUUGUUAAACUAAAGGGAGCUACAGUUGCAAGCAGCCUUGGAGGCCCAUGGCCAGAGCCAGGGUAAACUGGUCAGGCUCCUGAAGAAAACUGCUGUGGCUGGCAGAGUCAGGAGAAAAGUGAAGAUUAAUUAGUGCAGCAAUAAAACUGUACCUUCAGGCGCACGAUGUAAAGAUGAUGAUAAUAGCUAACCUGGAGUGUUUAGCGUGUGCCAGACACUUUGCCAAGCACUCUUCUCUCAUGGACUCAGUUCUCUCCACAAUCCAGGUCACUCAUCCCUGACUGUUAAGCAGUGGUGCCAUGAAUGGAAUCAAAGUCUGUCAGCCUGACCCUCACAAGGGUGUACUCUUUCCAUGAGCUGUUCUCACCCGCCUGGCUGGCUGAAAGGUCCAAAAUGGCACCUUCCAUGCCUAGACCCUUGCUGGCUCUGCCUGGCAGGGCAUGAUUCUGCCUCCCUUUCUGCCCUCUGCUCUCCUUAAGAGUUAGUACAGAACACAGCCCUCUUGGGGUGAAACCUGAUGCUGAAGAAUUUACAGCUACCCGUAGUAUGUCCUCUCAUCCUAGCUCUGGGCCACUCACUUCCUGCUUCUCCUGCUGUGCCCCGGUUUCCUUUGUCCCAUUGUUCCUAAAACUGCAAAUAGAUUUUUGUUUCAUGAGCUGGGGGAGGAGGAUGACCAUCAGAACUCCUUCAACCACCCCUUAAACCUCUGAAGAUACAGCUAGGGCAAAGUCCACACUUGGCACACCAUUUUUAGCUGUGUUCUUUUCUCCUUUGAUUAACUCCUUUUUCCCCCUCCUACCUCCAGUGUGCCAGGUGAGUAAACUAUUUCCCAGAAAUUCCUUUUUGCAUUUUCAAAGUUUUAUUGUGUACCUGCAGUUAUUAUCUCACUUUAAUUGCCAGCUUAUUCUUGAGUUCAUCCAAAAUAGGAGCAAAAUCGCUUCCUUGCAGUUGUUGAGUGAUAGCAUGACCAUUCUACAAAUUGCCAAAUUUGCUUUCUUGGAGCCCAUUUCUUUACUGGGAACUCAGUGGAGCCCAUGCAGUCACAGAAGAGGCUGACCCAAGGCUGUGGUGAUCUUUUACCCAAAGUUUCCCACAGUCAGAUCACCCGCCUCUACAGCCGGUUCACCAGCCUGGACAAAGGAGAGAAUGGGACUCUCAGCCGGGAAGAUUUCCAGCGGAUUCCAGAACUCGCCAUCAAUCCAUUGGGAGACCGUAUCAUCAAUGCCUUCUUUCCAGAGGGAGAAGACCAGGUAAACUUCCGUGGAUUCAUGAGAACUUUGGCUCAUUUCCGACCCAUUGAGGAUAAUGAAAAGAGCAAAGAUGUGAAUGGACCAGAACCACUCAACAGCCGAAGCAACAAACUGCACUUUGCUUUUCGACUGUAUGAUUUGGAUAAAGAUGACAAGAUCUCCCGUGACGAGCUCCUACAGGUGCUACGCAUGAUGGUUGGAGUGAAUAUCUCAGAUGAGCAGCUGGGCAGCAUUGCAGACAGGACCAUCCAGGAGGCUGAUCAGGAUGGGGACAGUGCAAUAUCUUUCACAGAAUUUGUUAAGGUUUUGGAGAAGGUGGAUGUAGAACAAAAAAUGAGCAUCCGAUUUCUUCACUAAAGGACUGAGACCAAACUAUUCCUUGCUUUCUAGUAUUUAAGAACUGGAACUUGAGAGUCCUCCUGUCCAUCAGCCCCACGUCAACCCCGUCAUCCCCUUCUCCCCCAAGUACUACUGCUAUUGCAUGACAACCCCAACUAUGUUCUGUCGACACAAACCUGCCUUUGGUGUAUAAACAGGGCAUUACAGAAUGGUACACCCAG